AUGGUUCGACUAGCGGGCGACGACAGCGAAACGCUGCAGGACAUGACUAAGAUGGACGCUGCCGAUCGGCUGCAAGCCCACAUGGAGCUGACGACGUUGUUAGGCUUAGCAUUGGGAGUUGUCGCUCUUAUCAUGGUUUUGUUCCUAUACGUCAACAAGAUACGGUGCUUUGGAACAUCGCCCCUAUUUCCGCUAUCCUUCGAGGAACAUCUGAUUUCGGAGAAAACCUUCCAUCGGAUUCGGAAUCGGUUCGCCUACGAUGGAAACAACAGCUCCGACUCGGAGGAUGAGACGAUCCGGCGGCUGCGGUUGGAAUCGUGCAGUGAGCCGUACAGCGCCAGCACCUCCUGCUACCACGCCAACGAGAACAUUCUCGCCCACUACGCGCCACACUUCAAUAGCUUCAACAAAAUCCUCACCGGCGGCAAGCACGGGCACAGCUCGCGGGAUCCGCUGGCGAUGGCGGAGGGGGGCAAGAUUGGGAUGCCGCAUUCGAGCAACGACUGCAGCUCCAACAGCUCGGCCGAGGUGAGUCUGGAACCCGGAGCGCCCCUGCUGCUGGAUGCGCACGUCAGCAGUGACCGAAUCGGUGGCUCGACGGCACAUGAACCCUGUUCCGGAGGUGGUGGUGGUGCCCCUGCGCUGGAGUCUACCUGGUCUGGGGCGGGAGAUCUGAAGUUAAUUAGCGAGCUGCUGCUGCCGGAGUUUACGAAGGAAACCGACGAGCGUGCACAGCCGGUGAAGAGCAAAAAGAGCAAAUCAGCGACCAGCAAUCGUAGUGAUGUUAGUAAGAGUAAUGAGAGCGAGCUGUCCGGCAUGCUCGACCAGCGAAGCAAUGGGAAGAUGAAGCCGUACGUCGAGGAUGAUCCGAUGGUCGGGUUUGGAGAGGCCGGUCCAUUGGUGCAGCAGGACAGUUUGGACGACGUGCUUAGUCUCAACAAUGAUUGUAUUUUAGUAUUUUCGAACGAGCCACUGUUCGAUACGAGCGACCUGAAGUCACUCAAAUCCGACGGUGAGCUGACGAACAGCGGCUUCGAAGGGCCGCCGGCCGUGCCGAGCUCGAACGGGACGCUGGAGAUCUCGCUGCUCUACGACGCGCCGAUGCGCAAGAUGACCGUGCACGUACUGCAGGCCCGAGGGAUCGCCUCCCGCGGCGACAAGGGCACGGCCACGCACACCCAGGUGCGCCUGCUGAUGCUUCCGGCGAAGCGCCAAAAGCACAAAACCAAAAUCCGCUCGGGCGAAAACCCGCAGUUCAUGGAGAGCUUCCUGCUGCACCGCGUCAACCCGGAGGAGGUGAACUCGAUGGGGCUGCGCAUCCGCGUGUACGGCUGCGAGCGGAUGCGCCGGGAGCGUCUGAUCGGCGAGACGAUCGUCAGCUUCGCCAACAUUGACUUGGAACUGGAGACCAACUUGUGGCUCCCGAUUGAACCUCGCUCGUCGGUCGCGGAUACAACGUCCACGAGCGACUUACUUAGCAUCGCGAGAUCCGACAGUGCUGGAUCAACGAACUCCAUGCAACAUGGAGGUGUUCCGGAGCUGUUACUUGGUUUGGGAUACAACGGCAUCACUGGACGACUGACGGUUGAGAUUGUGAAAGGUAGCCACUUCCGGAACCACACGGUACCGAAGGUGCCGGAUACGUACGUAAAGCUUUGUCUGGUGAGCAGCAUGGGCCAGGAGAUUGGGCGCGCCAAGACAUCGACACGCCGCGGUCAGUCCAACCCGCUGUUUAAGGAAACAUUCAUUUUUCAGGUGGCACUCUUUCAGCUGAACGAUGUCACCCUCAUCGUGUCCGUGUACGCCAAGCGCAACAUGAAACGCAACGAAAUGGUGGGCUGGUUUAGCAUGGGCCUCAACUCGAGCGGGCCGGAGGAGAUGAUCCACUGGAACGAGAUGCGCGAAUCGAGCACCCGGUCGGAGCCGAUCACCCGUUGGCACGUGCUGGUCGAUUCCUGAUUUUAAACGCCCCCCCAUUCGACCGCGACGAGCCCCGAACACGGGCGCGCUCGCACGAGCCGGAUGCUGGGAGCGAAAAAAUAAAAACAAAAUUGUUUGGUCCAAUUUGAAAAU